AUGGCCUACGCCGUUGAGACCUACCUGAACAUGGUGAAAGAACUGGAGGCAGACCCGUCACUCGGUUUCACAGCGCAGUGCGUGUUUCAAGGCUUAUCGGCGGAGCAGUUCAGGCAGGCCGCAACAAGCGGCGGCAACGUGCUCGGGCUCGAGGAUCGUAGCGAAAACCUUGUUUUGUUUCUCGGCAUGGUUGCAUACAAAGACGCAAAGCUCAUAAAGCUAGUCAACGCCAAAAUGACUACCUGGGUGGACAACACCAAAAGGUUUUCGGUCGAGAAUGGAGCCGACGACGAGUAUCUUUUUCUCAACUACGCCGACCUCUGGGCAGCUAUGGAGAGAAAAACCUUGCGUUUAUGGAGGAGCUUGCGGGCAAAUACGACCCGAACGGAGUAUUUCAACGAAGCGUGCCCGGUGGAUUCAAGUUAUCAAAUGCUCGAACAACUGCAUGUUUAA